UGGCCAAGUCAUCGAAUCACAACAGUAGCACCCGAAAUCAGUUGCAGUGUACACUCGACAAACAUCCCCAGGCUAGCGUGCUUGCCAGUUGUUACAGCGUCAAAUCAUCCACUUCCGUGGUCGAUAGUUUCCACUACUGCACUACCGCGGGGGCCGGGACACAGUGGUAUCCCUGAGGUCCCUUCGGGGUCAAAGACAUCUCCAAGUCCUCCCUUUGGACUCUCCGUCGCUCCAAGCAUGGGGGUUAGUUGGCCGGGCAAUAUAUUACCGGAAUAUAAAGGGGAGGCAAUGCAUACUAUCCCGGAAGAGUGUGAGAGGCUCUUCUGUGACACAUUGUCUGCGAUCUUCCUUGGUGAGAGGAGCUUCGCUGGACAAGAGUCACUUGGGGUAGGUGCGUCUCAAAGCCGGCCGAACAAUAGUAUGCCGAUUGAACAGUGGUUUGAGCUGUUGGAUUACACCAGCGACACUAUACACCGUGGUUUUGUAACCAAUACGAGCGGCGAACCGACCUUGUUUGUUUUCCUUGCAGAGAACGCACUCGGUCACGGUCUGAAAACAGGGUUAAUUGCCCUGUUUGAACUUGCUAAUAUAUCUGCUUUUGGGUGCCCCCGAAUUGUGGCAUGUGUACCCCGUUCGCACGAUGCAGUUGAACUAGAAGCUGUACGGAACCUCGGUUGGUGCGGAUUCAGUUUGACUACUUUGCAACCGUGGAGUGGUGUAAGAGACGUCGAACGCUCGCUUAGCACUAAAUGGCUUUUCUUGGAUGCGGAGGUUUAGUUGUAGGCAACCAAACAGCUAGUCCACUAAUUCUAACAAGGAGCAAAGGCCAAAUGACAUGAG